UGCCCGCAGGAUGACACCUCUCGCUAGGCACGACACCCUAGUUCCCCUCUCGGAUGUGUCUCUUCCUCCUUUUCUGCAGGCGGCUUCUCUUCUGCAGCCACCCCAGCCCCUGCGGACAAGGGCAGCUCGACAGGGCUUCAGUCAUUGCUUUGGAAUCCCAGUUAUGAAACAAGGCUUCAGAGGAGAGAGAGGGAUCUUUGCAGUGCUGCUGCAAUCAUGAAGACAGCCACUGCACUUGUCUUGGCUACCUUCACUUUGCUCUCUUCAGGAAAGAAGUUCCGAUGGUGUACGUUGUCUGAUCUAGAACAAAGGAAGUGCGCUGAGCUGUCUAAGGCUCUCUUGGCUGUCCUGCCUCUUGCUACAAUCAACUCCUUUGCAAGGGUUUCUUGCAUCCGGGCACACAACACUCAUGACUGUAUCGACAAAAUCAGGGUAAAUAAAGCAGAUGCUGCCUCUUUGGAUGCUGGAGAUGUUUACUCUGCUGUGAAGAUGUAUGGCCUGACUGUGGUGGCAAAGGAGAUCUACAAGGAAGGAAGCUGUGUGUUUGCUGUGGCCAUUGCCAGAAAAGGAAAUUUGGACAUUCAGAAGCUCAGAGGAGUGCAAAGCUGCCACAAUGGAGCCAGGUGGACAUCAGGCUGGAAUAUCCUACUAGGCUUCCUCCUGGCUAGGAAUGACCUCUUCUGGGAUAAGGAGCAGCCUUUGAGCCAAGUGAUCAGUGGGUAUUUCAAUGCCAGCUGCAUCCCAGGCAUUGGAGUUACCUCCCCUCAGCUCUGUGCUCUUUGCCAAGGCCAGAAAUCCUACGUCAGGGACAAGAACCACUUCUGUGAGACCAGUGGUAAUGAGCCCUUCUAUGACUCUGAAGGAGCCUUCAGGUGUUUGAAGAGUGGGGCUGCAGACGUUGCUUUCCUAGAUCACUUGGAGAUAAUGAAUGCCACAGAGUCAGAUCAAGAGGAAUAUGAGCUCUUGUGUCCUGAUGGAACCACAGCUGAGCUAAGGGCAUACAGCACCUGUAACCUGGGUCGUGGGCCUGGUCAUGCCAUCAUCAGCCGCCACAACUUCCAGAAGAUUACCAAGAAAUUUCUCACCUUGAUCCAGCACCUCUUUGGGCAGAAGGGAAAGCAAAAGGCCAGGUUUGAGCUUUUCUCUUCAGCACCGUUCAGGGGCAAGAACCUGCUGUUCCGUGAUGCCACUCAGCACCUGCAGCUCCUUGAGGAUCAAGCAGAGAUUGCCCACAUCCUUGGCCUGGACUACGUAGCCCUCCUGAAGGGACUGGGUCAUGAAGGAAGUUCCUUGGACAAUAGUGUCGUGCGCUGGUGCUGUAUUAGCCAUGCUGAGCUCCGCAAAUGUGAGGAAUGGGCCCUGAGCAUCAAAUCUGACCCUCUGGUUUGUGUCCAAGCAACUUCAAUGACCAAUUGCAUUGAGAUGAUCAAGAGUAAUGAGGCUGAUGCGGUUACGCUGGAUGCAACACAUGCCUACAUUGCUGGGAAGUGUGGGCUGGUCCCAGUAGCUGUGGAAUGUUAUGGGAAGGAAUGUGGCCCAGGUACUGGAAGAACAGAGAAGCUAAUCCGUUUUACAGAUGGAGCACUGUCCCCUAUCUAUGCUAUAGCUGUGGCAAAGAAGAAUGCCAAGCACGUAAAUGUUCAUAACCUGGGGGGACGGCGCUCCUGCCACAGUCACCUGUACAGUCCUGGAGGAUGGCUGCUUCUCUCUAGAUACACAGUAGGAGCUCUGGAGAAUGAUGCUGAGAACUGUGAUAUUAGCUCUGCCUACCAGAGUUACUUUUGGAAGAGCUGCAUGCCAGGAGCAGUUGGGAAUCUGUGCAAGGUCUGCAUUGGAGAUGAUGAAACAGAAAUGCCCAAAGCAUCCAGCCGGUGUGCUGCCAACCAUAACGAACGUUACUACGGCAACAUGGGGGCGCUCAGGUGUCUUGUUGGCAAUCCCAGUGGAAGAAGCUUUGGUGAUGUGGCUUUCCUGGAACAUUACAACCUGCUCCAGAAUAUUGAGAAUCUGGACAACACAGGCUGGGCCAAAGGUUAUACACCUAAUGACUUUGAACUCCUGUGUCUGGAUGGAAGGCGUGUUGCAGUCACAGAGUGGGCAGACUGUAACCUUGGUCCUGUUCCUCCUAAUAUAGUCAUGACUCGACCAAUGGCCAUCACUAAGAUCUAUGACUUCUUAAUGAAAUCUCAGGAAAGUCUGGGAACCAGUCUGGACCCUGACUUCCAUUUGUUUCAGUCUCAGAAGUAUGGAGAGAGUGAUCUGCUCUUUAAAGAUGCUACUCAAUACCUUGUUCACAUAAAUCACCUGGAUUACCAGGCAAUCCUUGGAGAGCCUUUCUUUCAGCUAGCAGAAUCUGUAUUUAAUUGCACCCACGCAGCAUAUGACUGCCCAUCAGCAAACCCAAGGAACUGAUGGCAUAAAGGGACAGACCCAUAAAGACAUCUUGGACUUCUGCAAACAGGAUAUCUGCACAUCUUCAUCUUAAUAUGACGUACAUCAGCCCUUCAGGAUGUUCCCUAACCACUGCACAGAUUGAAAUCAAAAGAUGCAAGCCUAACAUCAGCAAAAACAGCACAAGGAAAACAGCUGCCAAUAGAAAUUUAGAUGGAGAUUGGGUAUUUCAUGACCAGACAGAUUUUAUGUUUACAUAGUGAAAAAGCUGAAUGUUCAGGAGGCUCUUUGCACCUGCUGGUAAGGCACACUCUCCCAUCCUAUGAUAACUACUGUGCUGGAGAAGCUGAUAACGCUGCUGGGAUGUCACUCCUUCACAACGUGAAAAAGAAAGAAGCCGAACUCAACAGCAACAUAUAUUUUCUAAGCCUAUGCAAGAAACACAGCAUCAUUCCCUGAGGACUGAAUAGCUACAAUCUUCUGACUACUACACACAGCUCUAAAUAUGCUUCACAACUAUGGAGGAGAACUUCAGAAAAAACUUAGAAAUCAUCAUCUUCACCUAACCUAGUUCAAAAGAGAUCAACUCAGGAAGGAAAUCAACACAUGCUGCAACAACUUGAGAGAGAAAAAUUUGGAUAUCUUUCCAGACAUUAUACAACAUAUACAAAGAGACUACCAAAGAUUUUCUACAACAUCCUUCCAACAUAAAAA